CCUUGAUCCCAAACAAGCGGAGAAACUAAAGGAAGGUAAUAAAAUUUAUUUAAAAAUUUAAUCAUGCGGACAAACUUGCAACGCUCUAGUUGUUACGUUACCGGUUUACUUUUGCAUCAAGUUUAGAGUUAAGUUAGAAGCGCCCAGUAAAAACUGUACGCUUAUUAUAGUCCGUCGAAAGAUUCGAUUAUUAUUGUGAACUUUUCCGAACGAACUGAAUUGCUAUCAUAUUAGAAAGUACAAAGUGAAUAACUUUACUCCGUUUUUAUACCUAAAUCCAAUUCACUGUCUUAGGAAGAAAAUACAUACUGUCAAUAUGAGGAAAGAUUCUUCUUUCCGUAACAAUGGCUAGAUACUUAUCACUAAUAAUAUGAUAGGCAAGAACAAAAAUCCUGAAGUUCAACACAAUAUAUUCUAGGAUAUACUUACUAACAUAUAAAUUUUCUUAUCCUGAUAAACCAUGCUAAGAAGUAUUCAUGCGUGAACGAAUAAUGCAAGUACGUGGCAUCGAAAGUUAUAGAAAACCGGAGAUAUUGAACCUUUUUCCAUUUCAAAUGAUGUUACAAUUGGAAUAGCUUUGUAUGGAAAAAUAUCCUCUAACGUAAUACAAAAAAUGGCAAAGGAGGUAGACUACAGGCCAGUAGUGUGUGCCGAUGAACUUCAAGUGUUGUUGAAGGUCUGCAUUGACGUGGGAGUCGAAAGUGUUAGGCGUCAGAAUGGCCGUACAGAGCCUCUGUUCUACGAUGUUCAACAGCGAAUGUCGCACUAUGGCGACUUUCCCAAACGAAAAUUGUACAGAUUGCAGACGCACUACUUUCGAACGGAGCGAGACUUUCUCAACGGAAAACUGGAUCCAUAUCCACCAGAAGCAAGACAGUUGUGGGGGACGGCGGAACAUGAUGCUAAUGCACCCGAUAACGAUAAACGUUGGUCCGAUCUAGUAAAUCAAAUCCAGCAACGCAAACAGAACUCUUCGCACGUGACGAGGACGGAAGCGAGAGAAAUCGUCCGUCUUGCUCUGCAAAGAAAUUUGGAGAAACAUGCCUCAAACGAUCAAGACUAUGUUUAUGAGAAAAUUCUUUCAGAGUUGAAAACCAAGAAUUUGUUUCUUAACCGGAAUGUAACGGUAUUAAAGCAGAUUUACCUAAGACUGCAGAAGCAAUUUCAGAAAGGAAGAGCUCGCUACCUUCUACCAGAGGCUGCUAAGCUGUGGCCUUCAUCUAGACUAGAACAGGUCACUGUUGAAACGGAGACUUCUCAUUCAGAGGAUGAAAAUGAACCAUUUUCGGGAAAUAGUCGACAAGAAACAUCGCCGGAAUUACCGGAUACCGUAGCAAACACUGAAAACAAGUGCCGAAUCUGUCAAGCACGAUUGCACGAAGAAUGUAAAGAUCUUUUGCAAGAUACGUACAACAACCAAACGUAUGGAAAAAUCAUUCAGGAAAUUGUCCAUGUUCAGAUCCCUUGCGACGGCCAAACAAACAGUAAAAUUUGCUUACAAUGUUCCUGCUUUAUAGAAAAGAUGUUGCUCUUUGUUCAGCAAUGUCGAGAGGCUUGUAACAUCAAUUGCUUAAUUGCUAUAAAAUUUGAUGAAAUAAUCGUAAACGAAAAAGAGCACGACACUAUCGAGGAAGUAGACUUACAAACGUUACAAACUAUCGAAAGUACGGAUGCAACAAUGGAUUACGAUUCACACGAAGUUUCCUCCCCUAUGCAAAGUCAAUCCCCUGUAGAUGUUUUUCGCGAGCUAGAAGAUAAAACUGGCGAUGAAAAAGAAAGGAAAAUAAUUACCAAAGAGCAGGAAUACCCAGAAAUAGGCGAGAAGCGUACGGAGGAAGCGGUUACCGAUGAACAGAAAUACCAGGAGUUUGUGAAAAGCCUACCAGCUAAACCCGGUAAGCAACAGUGUCAUCUGUGUGGUAAGACUGUAGACAGAUUGGCUCAACAUUUGAUCAGGCACGGUGCAGCCGAAUUUCAGUGCGAAAUUUGCUCACAAAAAUGCAUCAAUAAACGCCAACUUCGAGAACACAUGAAUUUACACACCCAAAAGAAAACCUACCCCUGCCGAACUUGCGAACGUGUUUUUUACAACUGGACUUCUCGGAAGUACCACGAGCAAGGUCACUCUGGUAAAUUUACCUGCGAUAAAUGUGGUGCGGUUUAUAAGACUGAAAGCGGCCUGCGUAGGCACUUUAACCAUACGCAUAAGGGAAUUAGGCGUUACGCUUGUUCGAGUUGUCCAUUUAAGACCUUUGUUAAACCCGUUUUGCUGAACCAUAUACGAGGCCUUCACACCAGCGAACGGCCGUAUCUGUGUACUUUCUGCGAUAGUACAGCGAACAGUUCUAACAGUUAUUACACACACUUCCAGCGACACAAAAAGAGCGGCGAAGCAACAGAAUACUCGAUGCUUUGCGCCUACUGUGGGGAGCACUUCAACAAGAAUUCGGACCUCGAGAAACACAUCUGCAAGAAACAUCCGGAUGUGGCCGUUGUAAUCUGAACAGAAUAGUGUGAGUCAAACAUUCAUUUGCUCGAAAUACAAGCUUGAUUACUAUAAUUACUUGGUG